AUGACCAUCCCACUCUCAACCAACCAAAACAACGAAAACCAAUCCGAGAAACUAAAGCGGAUCUCAAGCCGACUCAGCUCAUUACCUUCUAUCGCACUACCCACCGACCACCCUCGUCCAAUCAACCAGUCCAUCAACCAGAAAGUCGUACAAGCCUCGAUCGACUCUCAGCUCAAUCAGAAGACCUCACUGGCCAUCUCAAGGCUAUCACUAUUGGAUACCGACCUAAUCGAUCGACCCAGUCCAUUCCAUCUCCUACUCACCAGUUUCUUGAUCUUACUCUAUCGUUAUACGUCCGAGACUGAUAUCCUGAUCGCCACCUCAAUCUUACAAUCAACACCUUCGUCCCGUCAACCAUUACUUCCUGGGGCCCUUUCCCUCAACGUCCUCUACAACUCCCUACUCUUUUCAUCCACUAGGAUACACACCCUCCUCGAACAACUCUCCGCCAUCAUCGUCCAGGCUUCUCUUCAACCCGACUCUUGCAUCAGCACCAUCCCACUUCUAGGGCCUCUCCAGCAACCCUAUCUACCCGACCCCUGUGAUGAUUUACAUUGGACAGAAUGGCCUGGUCCAAUCACCCAGAUCUUUGCUCGAAACUCGGAGCAGAAUCCUGAAAAGCUGUGUGUCAUCGAGCACUACGAUGGAACAAUUCCCCCGACGUCUAACCUCCAGCGCACCUUCACCUACUCUCAAAUUCAUCAUGCCUCGAACGUGCUUGCUCACCAUUUACUUCAACAUGGCAUUCUACCCGAGGAAGUCGUUACCGUCUAUUCAACCAGAGGCGUCGAUUUGGUGAUUGCCAUCAUGGGAAUCCUCAAAGCUGGUGCUACCUUUAGCGUCAUCGAUCCGGCCUAUCCUACUCAGAGACAAAAGAUUUAUCUUGAAGUCUCCAAACCCCGGGGCUUAAUUAUCCUCGAGAGAGCUGGAAAAUUGUCCACUGAGGUCGAGGCGUUCAUCAAAUCAGACUUGGAUAUUAAGGUCACCGUUCCAGCACUUGCUUUACAAAACACUGGUAAUCUCAAAGGUGGCCUCAUCGGAGCCAAAACCGGAGUGGAUGUCUUGGACGAUACCCAGCAUUUAGCUUCCCAAUUGCCCUCGGUGAAAAUUGGACCUGAUUCGAUUGGUACUCUUUCAUUCACCUCUGGUUCGACUGGAAUUCCCAAAGGUGUUCAAGGUCGUCACUUCAGUCUCACUCACUUUUUCCCCUGGAUGGCUCAGCAAUUCAACCUGGACAACACCAGCAAGUUUACCAUGUUAAGUGGUAUCGCUCAUGACCCCAUUCAAAGAGACAUCUUCACCCCCCUCUUCCUCGGUGCCGAAUUGCAUAUCCCCACAGCAGAAGAUAUUGGAACCCCCGGUCGAUUGGCAGAAUGGAUGGACGAUCAACAAGUUACGAUCACACAUCUCACACCUGCGAUGGGUCAAUUACUCUCAGCCCAAGCAUCCAGACAGAUCCCUUCCCUCAAGAAUGCCUUUUUUGUUGGCGAUGUCCUCACCAAGCGAGAUUGCUCCAGGCUUCAAAGCAUAGCCCCCAACGUCGAUAUCAUCAACAUGUUUGGCACAACAGAGACCCAACGUGCGGUUUCUUAUCAUCUGAUUCCCUCGAUCUCUAAAGAUCCAAUUUAUUUAGAAACGAAGAAAGAUAUCAUUCCUGCCGGAAGGGGCAUGAAAGACGUCCAACUGCUGGUCGUCAAUCGUGUCGCGAAAGGUUUGCAGUGCGGUGUCGGGGAGCUGGGUGAAAUCUACGUCCGAUCGAGUGGGUUGGCCGAAGGAUACCUUGGGCCGCCGGAAAUGUCAGCUGAGAAGUUCAUGCCCAACUGGUUCCAGUCCAUACCGUCGGAUCAACGAGCAGCGGAUAUCGAUUUGGGCGGUAAAUGGCUUGGACUGAGAGAUCGCCUCUACAAAACUGGGGAUCUCGGUCGCUAUCUGCCAGAUGGGACGGUCGAGUGUGUUGGUCGAUCGGAUGAUCAGAUCAAGAUUCGUGGCUUUCGAAUCGAACUUGGUGAAAUCGACACUCAUCUUUCUCAGCAUCCUUCGAUCAGAGAAAACGUUACCUUAGUUCGACGGGACAAGGAUGAAGAAAAAAUCCUCAUCACGUACUUUGUACCCAUCCAGUCAAAGUCUGGAUCAUCCGACCUUGCCCUCACUAGUGCUAGCGAAUUAGAAGACGAGGGAGAACUUGUGAGCGAGGUAGAGAAAGGGAUCAGAAAAUAUCGCAAGCUGAUCAGAAACAUCCGAGAAUACUUAAAAAAUAAGCUACCUGCUUACAGCAUUCCCACCCUAUUUGUACCCUUGGUACGAAUGCCAUUAAACCCAAACGGAAAAAUCGAUAAGCCAGCCCUCCCCUUCCCAGAUACCGCCCUCCAACCAUCAUCCAAAGCCAAGAAGUCCUCAACUCCUCAUCAGUUUUCUUCGACUGAGACCGCAAUCGAAACAAUUUGGAAAAACUUACUGCCAAAUAAUAUUUACAGCAAGUCGACGAUCCCCAAGAAUGAAAGUUUCUUCGAUCUUGGCGGUCAUUCCAUUCUGGCCACUCGCUUAGUCUUCGAAAUCCGAAAAACUCUGGCCGUCAACAUCCCAUUAGGGUUGGUGUUCGAAUACCCUACCAUCGGCUCCUUGGCUCAGCAGGUCGAUAUGUGCAGGAAUAAUGACUUCGGUUUAGCCAGAGAGGAUGAAGAACAGCCUCAUGAUGGUACCCAUUUGAGCCCAUCAGCCCAUCCCACUGGUUCAUCUUCAACGCCUCCAGGUCAACCUCAAAGCGCAUUUGAUUAUGCGGCCGAUGCCAAGGCGUUGAUGAAGACAUUGAAAGCCAGCUACUCGCAGCCGAUCAAGUCAAGCGAAAAGAAAACGGUCCUUCUUACCGGCGCUACCGGCUUCUUGGGCGUGUUUAUUCUCCGGGAACUUUUAAAUCAUUCCGAUCAAAUUGGCACAGUCAUCUGCCAUGUGCGAGCCAAAACCAGGGAGGCAGGGCUCAUUCGCCUUCGCGAGAGCUGUCAGAGUAGGGGGGCUUGGAACGAGGAGUGGUUAUCGGAGAACCUGGUUGAGGUAGUCCUGGGUGACCUCGAAUCACGACAGCUAGGUGUUGGUGACCGGACGUGGACUGAUCUGAGUAACCGAGUUGAUAUCGUUGUCCACAACGGCGCUUUGGUACACUGGGUUUAUCCAUACUCCAAGUUGCGAACCGCCAACGUCAUGGCUACUCUAACUCUCAUGGAACUAGUGGCCGUCGGGAAGCCGAAAGCGCUGACAUUUGUUUCAACGACCGCCGUCCUGGAAAAAGAUCAUUACGUCAGUCUGUCGGAUGCUCUCAUCCAGCAGGGUGAGAAAGGAAUUUCGGAGUCGGAUGAUUUGGAGGCGUCAGCAAGUGGACUCACCACCGGUUAUGGCCAGACCAAAUGGGUUUCAGAGCGACUAGUUACAGAAGCUGGUCGACGAGGUAUGCAAGGCGCAAUCAUUCGACCAGCUUACGUGCUUGGGGAUACCCAAACUGGUAUCAGCAACACCGAUGAUUUCUUAUGGAGAUUAGUCAAAGGAUGUAUUCAAAUCGGCUCAAUACCUGAUAUCCACAAUACUAUUAACAUGCUGCCAGUCAAUCACGUAGCAACUUGCACGGUUCUAGCCUCGCUUGAAGACCAAGAACCUUUGAAAGUUUACCAUCUCACCGCUCGACCCUUACCCAGAUUUAGCUCGUUCCUUGCUACCUUGGGACAUUACGGGUAUGAAGUCAGUAAGGAAGAUUACCUGACCUGGAGGGUCAGACUGGAACAAUCUAUCAUGAAGAACGACCCACAAGACAACGCAUUGUUUCCUCUACUACACUUCGUCCUAUCCGAUCUACCCUCGAGUACCAAAUCGGCGGAGUUGGAUGACUUAAAUACCACCCAGCUCUUGAAGAAAAACAAACUGAUUGAUCAUCGCUCGAUCGAAACUACCGACCUGGCCGUUUAUCUUGCUUGGCUAAACCAAGUCGGCUUCUUGCCUCCACCUCCAAACUCUGCAAACCCACUCCCUAGUUUAUCUCUUGAUCAUCACAUGAAGAAACUCAUCAGUCGAACUGGUCGUUGA